AAAACGUGAAGAUGUUAAAAGGAAUACAGACUACAUUGACCUUUCAUCAUAAUGGAAACAUAGAUGUCUUAACCAGCUGCUAAACGGAUUCGCUGAGAGCUGCAUACUGGCGAUGUUGGAAAGCAAUAUUCAGGCAGUGGUUAAAUAUAAAAAUUCAAAAAUGCCUUAUUCGUUACGGCAUCCACAAGAACCCGACCACGAAAUUUCCGAAUACAGCUAUUCACAAUGGAAUAGUGUACUCUUACGGAACAACGAGGCGAACAUCUGCUCCGCCAAAAGAAUAGCACCCGUUGGGACUUGCUCAAUAUAUACUCGCAAAGCUCUCGCUCAAAUACUGUCUUUAUACCAGCAAGAAAAUUCAUACAGACAACUAUUUAACGCGUCCUUCUUACUGAUAUCAUUAUGCUUGCUCUUCGCCGCAACCACCAUAGCCGAGCAUGUGCGCGAGCUUGAAGUAUCCGAAGGUGUGCCCAUUGGACACCAGAUUGGCUUUAUUGGGGAAUUCUCUCACGGGAUGGAUAGUGGCCCACCCUAUCUUAUAGUGCCGGUACCGGGUAGUGCUGUGGACACCGAUCUUGCUAUUGAUCACACGACCGGUGAUAUACGGACUAAGGUAUAUUUGGAUCGUGAGUCUCGUGCGUCCUAUAGCUUGGUAGCUAUACCUUUAAGUGGAGAAAAUGUGCGUGUAGUGCUGCGAGUAUUGGAUGAAAAUGACAAUGCGCCGAUUUUUCCACAACCGGUAAUGAAUAUCGAGUUUCCCGAAAAUACGCCGCGAGAUGUGAAAAGAACGUUGAAUCCUGCUCGUGAUCUAGACCUCGGUCAAUACAAUACACAACGUUACAAUAUCGUAUCCGGUAAUUUUAAUAAUGCAUUCCGUCUAUCGUCUCAUCGCGAGCGUGACGGCGUGCUUUACCUGGACUUGCAGAUUAACGGAUUUCUCGAUCGCGAAACGACCCCGGCUUAUACUUUGGUAAUUGAGGCGUUAGACGGUGGAAGUCCACCAUUACGUGGACAGAUGACUGUUAACAUUACUAUACAAGAUGUCAACGACAACCAGCCAAUAUUCAAUCAGAGUCGUUACUUCGCUACUGUAUCGGAGAAUGCCACUGUUGGAACGAGUGUAUUGCAAGUGUGUGCCACAGAUAUAGAUUCUGAUGAAAAUGGGCUGGUGGAGUAUUCCAUAAAUCGGCGACAGAGUGAUAAAGAACAAAUCUUUCGUAUCGAUUCGCAAACUGGUUUGAUUUCAGUGAAUAAACCUCUGGAUUUCGAGACGAAGGAGCUGCACGAGCUUGUUGUGGUUGCAAAAGACCAGGGCGAGCAAUCACUAGAAACCACCGCAUUUGUGUCUAUACGAGUAACAGAUGUCAAUGAUAAUCUCCCGUCGAUCAAUGUUAUUUUCCUUAGCGACGACGCAACGCCCAAGAUUUCGGAGUCGGCAAAACUCGGUGAGAUUGUGGCGCGUAUUUCUGUCAAUGAUCCAGAUUCAAAGGCCGAAUACUCGAACGUAAAUGUUACUCUUAAUGGUGGCGAUGGACACUUUGGGCUCAGUACACGUGACAACAUCAUCUAUUUGGUGAUCGUCUCCCAACCUCUUGAUCGUGAGUCUCAGUCGAACUAUACGCUUAGUGUUGUGGCCACAGAUAAUGGCACACCGCCAUUGCAUGCCUCGAAAACUAUUUAUCUACGCGUAACAGAUAUCAACGAUUAUGCGCCGGAGUUUGAGCAUGAAGUGUACGAUGCCAAUGUGAUGGAAGUGGCUGAUCCUGGAACAUCUGUUUUAAAAGUGACUGCAUUUGAUCGCGACGAGGGAAAUAAUUCCGCAGUGCUUUACGCGCUUGCUGAUACACCAGAAACACACGCCGAAUGGUUUCAGAUUGAUCGACAUACGGGGUUGAUAACUACGCGCUCGCAAAUUGACUGUGAAACCGAGCCCGUUCCGCAGCUGACGGUUGUAGCUAAAGACAAUGGACAUCCACCACUCUCAUCCACAGCUACAGUGCUUGUAACCAUACAUGAUGUCAACGAUAAUGAACCGAUUUUUGAUGAGAGCUUUUACAAUGUUUCGGUAGCCGAAAAUGAACCCGUUGGACGGUGCAUUCUAAAGGUAAGUGUAGAUGUCGAUAGUUAACAGUAAAUGUGAUUUGC